GUCACACAGCAGGAAAGCAAAUGUAGGUGUAACCCAUUUUCCUCAAAGCGAAAGAACUACACGGAGGUCCAAAGCCGUAGUCGCGACUUGUGCCAAUUUUAGUUCAGUUAUAUAGCUUAUCGUUUGAGAUACCGACGCUGAAAAUAAAGGCAUGACUUCAUCAACGGUCGGCUGGGCUCUGCAGCUUUUGGGGAUCGCGUACGCCGUGUUCGUUCUAUCAGAGGGUGUGACACUGACCCUCACCCCUGACCAGGGCACUACUCUCAACAUCAGCCAGAGUUCAGAGCGCAGCAGGGGGUCAAAGUGUACGGUAUGCACCGGUACAGGCUUGAAGAAGUCCUGCUCCAGGGCUGGAAGUGAUUAUGUGGUGCUGCUGACAGACCCCAAAGCUGCUGUGAACAUGGUGUUCACCUGCACCAAACCAGAGGAAGUCUUUACUGUGGAGGUGGUCAGGGAAAUAGAUUGUACCACAAAGUCCUGUAAUGGGGACAUCACCCCCAUUGAGUCUAGAACCGGUACGCUUCCACUCCAGAACUUCAACCGUACCUUUAUCUGGAACCUGAAGGCCCCGGUUCCACGGGCGUUCCAUUUGGACUUCACCCAGAUGGGGCUGAGACAGAUCCUGGCCUCUGAGAGAUGUCCAGACCAGCACACGUAUACCCUGCUAGCCCUCCAGAGGACAGGGGAGGCUGCCAUCGGCACGUACUGCAGGAACGGCAGCGUCUCUGGGGCUCAGGUCUUGAACCAGGGCAGGCUCUCUCUGGAGGUCACUGGAGGACGGGAACUGAACCCCACCAUGUUCAACGUGUCUGUUGGAGAGGAAAUCAAAUCACUUGCUGUCCUCAAAGUGACUUUACCGGAAGGGAUGUCAUCUUCGGAGUUGCUCUCUCCAAACUACCCGAAUAGUUUCCCUGACGAUGACCUGAUGGAGUGGAAGUUUGUGGUCCCUCCCAAACACAACACUACGGUUGUCUUCCUGGGUCAGACCCAGCCGCAGUGCCUGAAGAAGGAGCCGGCUGUGGAGUAUCACUACAGUAAUGGGCGGUUCGCGGUGGUGAAGAAGCUGUCGGACCCCCAGCCGGCUCAACGUCGGGACUCCUUCUCCCUGAUCCUAAGGAACUGUGAGAUGAACAGGAUCGGGGACGACUCCACUGGUCUCUCCCUCCACUUCAAGGUUUCAGCCAAGAGGAGGAGUCUUCCAGUGUUGUGCAACGUGGACCUGAGGAAAGAGCGGGGGCUUUCCCUCCAUAUUGAGAAGACUAACCUCAUGUCUGACUGUGAGCUGAAGCUGAACUCUGUCAUCCAGAAGAAAAUCACUGUUCCCUCAGGGAAGAUCUCUCAGCUGUCCUUCCAGGACUGCCCAUGUCAGGAGCUGCGACUGACCGCCACCAGAAUCAUAGAGUGCCGUCAGUGGAGGGGAUGCAAAGCAGCAGCAGCCCCUGUCCCUCUGACGGUGCCCGUCCUGGAGAGGUGUCUUCCCGCCCCCCUGGGCAGUGUCACCUGGAUCCUCCGUCCCCCUCAGCAUGGCACGGUAGAGCUCCUGCCCACUACUGGCAACCUGAGGCAGUCCCUUCCAGAACAACCCUGCAACGGCUCUUUCACACUCACCGUUGCCGAGGACGAUGACGGCACCACCGUGGGUCAGUUCUGCCCUCAGGGAGCCAUACACAAAGUCCAGGUCCACACCAAUGUGUCCAUCACAGCUUCAGCCUCGACCAUGGGAGGCAAAGAGAGGUGGCCAUUCUCACAUCCUUUACUCAACAUCUCCUUCACCAGGGAGAUUGCAGAGAGAUACAUAUUCACGGUAUACCCAAUGAAAGGAGUACCAACUCUCCUUGCCAGCCCUAGUUGGCCUGUGGGAAUGAAGCCCUACUCCACUGUGUCCUGGAUCAUCAAUGUCCCCUCCAAGCUGGAAGCCCACCUCAUGUUCGACAACAUCAGCCAGCCCAAGUGCAGCAACCGCCACACGGGCAUCAGGGUGCAGAUCCUGGGCUCCCUGGAGGAGAUGUACAGCCGGCGGGAGGACGAGGAGGCAGGCAGGAAGAUCAUUGUCUCAGAGAGCUUCUACCUCAACAUGUCCAACUGUAUGCCUGAGAGAGGAGACUUCAGCAUGCACACACGGAUCACACUGCACAAGGAUAAGAACCUGCUUCUGACCAGCAUUCUGAGUGCGGUGGCAGCUCUGCUGGUUCUCAUGGUGGUUGUGUUGGCUGUGGUUUGUGUGGUGAUCAAGAAGAAGAAAAGGCAGCUGUCUCACCAAGUGUCCACCUACAACCCCAACGGUACCAGCUUCCUGCCAGGGCACAACGGGAGUUUCCCCAAAUCACGAAAAGACAACGAGUCCCACAUCUACGCCUCGAUCGAGGACACACUUGUAUACAGCCAUCUCCUGCGAGAUGGGGCAGAGAUGGGUGUCUAUGGAGACCCGGCUGUGGAUGUGUACCAGAGCUUUACUGGGCCCACAGAGACUAAGCCCCUCUCUCUGGGGACAGUCUCUGAACAUCCAGAGGUGGGCAUCUACCAGCCUUUUGUGCCCCCAUCCCAUUUUGCCCCACCCGUCCCCAAUAGACCCUUAAGUCAAGCCCAGCAGCCUAUGGUGGACAAUGAGCUGUACGGCUCCAGAAGCAAUGGGGACACCCCUGCACAGUCUCAACCGAACAAUAUGAACACAGAGCAGGCUCCAACGGUGGAGCCAGAGGCUCAUGACUGAAAGGGAGUGGACUGUAGGUUGGGGGUAUAGUGCACAGUACCAUAGCCCUUCUAUUCAUAGCAUGCACAGUACCAGUCAAAAGUUUGGACACACCUACUCAAUCAAAGGUUUUUCUUUAUUUUUUAAAAUAUUUUCUACAUUGUAUAAUAAUAGUGAAGACAUUAACUAUGAAAUAACACAUAUAUAAUCACGUAGUAACCAAAAAAGUGUUAAACAAAUCAAAAUAUAUUUAAUAUUUGAGAUUCUUCAAAGUAGCCACCAUUUGCCUUGAUGAAAGCUUUGCACACUCUUGGCAUUCUCUCAACCAGUUUCACCUGGAAUGAAUAUACAUUAACAGGUGUACCUUGUUAAAAGUUAAUUUGUGGUAUAAAUUUUCUUAAUGCAUUUGACACAAUCAGUUGUGUUGUGACAUGGUAGGGGUGGUAUACAGAAGAUAUCCCUAUUUGGUAAAAGACCAAGUCCAUAUUAUGGCAAGAAAAGCUCAAAUAAGCGAAGAGAAACGACAGUCCAUCAUUACUUUAAAACAUGAAGGUCAGUCAAUCCAGGAAAAUGUCAAGAACUUUGAAAGUUUUUUCAAGUGCAGUUGCAAAAACCAUCAAGUGCUAGGAUGAAACUGGUUCUCAUGAGGACCGCCACAGGAAAGGAAGACCCAGAGUUAACUCUGCUGCAAAGGAUAAGUUCAUCAGCCUCAGAAAUCGGUAAUUAACUGCACCUCAGAUUGCAGCCCAAAUAAAUAGAGUUCAAGUAACAGACACAUCUCAAUAUCAACUGUUCAGAGGAGACUGCGUGAAUCAGGCCUUCAUGGUCUAAUUGUUGCAAAGAAACCACUACUACAGGACACCAAUAAGAAGAAGAGACUUGCUUGGGCCAAGAAACAAGAGCAAUGGACAGACAGUAGGCCGGUGGAAAUCUGUCCAUUGGUUUGAUGAGUACAAAUUUGAGAUUUUUGGUUCCAACUGCCGUGUCUUUGUUAGACGCAGAGUAGGUGAAUGGAUUAUCUCUGCAUGUGUUGUUCCCACCAUGAAGCAUGGAGGAGGUGUGAUGGGGUGCAUUGCUGUUGACACGGUCAGUGAUUUAUUUAGAAUUCAAGGCACACUUAACCAGUAUGGCUACCACAGAAUUCUGCAGCGAUACGCCAUCCUAUCUGGUUUGCGCUUAGUGGGACAAUCAUUUGUUUUUCAACAGGACAAUGACCCAAAACACACCUCCAGGCUAUGUAAGGGCUAUUUGACCAAGAAGGAGAGUAUGUGCUGCAUCAGAUGACCUGGCCUCCAUAAUUACCUGACCUCAACCCAGUUAAGAUGGUUUGGGAUGAGUUGGACCGCAGAGUGAAGGAAAAGUAGCCAACAAGUGCUCAGCAUAUGUGGGAACUCCUUCAAGACUGUUGGAAAAGCAUUCCUCAUGAAGCUGGUUGAGAGAAUUCCUAGCGUGUGCAAGGCUGUCAUCAAGGCAAAGGGUGGCUGCAUUGAAGAAUUUAAAAUCUAAAAUAUUUUUUGAUUUGUUUAACACGUUUUUGAUUACUUCAUGAUUCCAUAUGUAUUAUUUCAUAGUUUUGAUGUCUUCACUAUAAUUCUACAAUGUAGAAAAUAGUACAAAUAAAGAAAAACGCUUGAAUUAGUAGGUGUGUCCAAAUGUAUGUGAUUCACUGUAAUUUCUUAGAAUGUAUUGUGUGUCAAAGAAGCCCACAUUGUUUGAUAGUUGGUAAUGUCAUGUGUUUUGGCUUUGGGCACCUUUUCACUGCAUAGUGAAAGUGUAACUUUCUAUGUGAGCAUUACCCAUGCUAAGUUUUUAUGUCCCAAAUGUUUGCUUUCAGUAUAUUUGAAGGGUAUGUACAGAAUGUUGAUUUUCACUCAAUGUUGUAAUUUUUUUAAAUGUAGUUUGAACAAUAAGACCAGUUUCAUUGAUGUAGAAAUCCUAGUCUUGGACUAAAAUGAAUUUGUUUCAACUGAUUGCUCCAUUGAGCAUCCUUUUUUUAAGGAAUAUGUUUAAUCUGGGUCCUGGAAACCGACCCUCAACUUUUAAAUAAUCUUACUUUUGAAUGAAUGAUAAUAGAGAUGAACAUACUAUGUGUAUUUGUAUAUUUCAUUAAGUUUACAGUGAAUGUGUAGGAAGAUAAAAUGUAAAGGUAAAAAUGGAUUAUGUCAAAAUCCUAUUUUUUUUUGCGCACAUACACACACACACUUAAAUCAUAUUUUAUUCGUCAUAUGCACAGUAUACAGCGUAAACGGUGAAAUAAAAUGCUUACAUGCGAGCUUCCUCAACAUUGAAGAAAUAAUAAAAUGAGCUGUAAAACUAACACAGUCCUGAUAAAGGAAUUUAUAUGUUUAAAGUAAUGACUAAAGAAUUCCACCCUGAAACCAUAUAAUUGUAUGAAAUGUGUGUGUGACUAGGCCAUUGUGUUAUUAUGUAGCAAUGUGAGAGUUGAGACAACAAAGGACAACUGAAAUACAGAUGACCUUGUUGUAACUCUGAAAACUGACAACAGGAAAGAGGGCCCUUCCAAGGUCUCUCUAAUCUAGGGAGGAGAGGAACAGCGAGAAACUGCCAAGGCUGGUAGAAAAGUGAUAAAACUGUGUGUGUGUGUGUGGGGGGGGGUUAUAAAAUGACUGUUUUUGCAUUUCUGACUUCAGAGCUCUCUGAAUAAAGAAUGAACCUUUUGCUGAGACUUUGCCUAAUUAUUAUUAAACCCAGGGUCUUACAAACCUCUGGGAAUUGGUCAAAGUUAUGAAAUAGUUGAAUCAUCAUCAUUGGAAUUGAAAAUUCUCGUAACAAGUCCAAAAUACUAUGUCAAUAAAAAAAAAAUAAGGUAAUAAAAAAAUACUGUGAAUAUACUACUGUAUGUCAGUGUGCAGUUAAUUAAUAAAUAGGUAUGUGUGUGUAUGUGUGUGAGAGGGAGAGGGAAGUGGGAAUGCAGAGAUUCUGUGCAAAUAGUCUUAAGGUGCAGGUGGGGCCUCCCGGGUGGCACAGUGGUCCAGGGCACUGCAUCGCAGACUCCGGGUUCGCGCCCAGGCUCUGUCACAGCCGGCCGCGACCGGGAGGUCCGUGGGGCGACGCACAAUUGGCCUAGCGUCGUCCGGGUUAGGGAGGGUUUGGCCGGUAGGGAUAUCCUUGUCUCAUCGCGCACCAGCGACUCCUGUGGCGGGCCGGGCGUAGUGCACGCUAACCAAGGUAGCCAGGUGCACAAUGUUUCCUCCGACACAUUGGUGUGGUUGGCUUCCGGGUUGGAUGUGCGCAGUGCGGCUUGGUUGGGUUGUGUUUCGGAGGACACAUGGCUUUCGACCUUCGUCUCUCCCGAGCCCGUACGGGAGUUGUAGCGAUGAGACAAGAUAGUAAUUACUAACAAUUGGAUACCAUGAAAUUGGGGAGAAAAGGGAGUCACAUUUAAAGUAAAUAAUAAUAAUAAUUUUAAAAAAGGUGCAGGUGGACAUCCGCCAGGGUUUAGCUGUUCAACAGUCUAAUGGCCAUAAGGUAGAAACGGUUUCUGAGCCCUGAUGCUCCUGUACCGCAUGCCAGGCAGUAAGGGAGUAAACAGUCCAUGUCUGGGGUGACUGCAUUCUCUGGCAAUCUUCCGGACUUUCCUCAGACACCGCCUGGUGUAAAUUUCCUGUAGGGCUAGGAGCUCGCCCCCAGUGAUGGGCUGGGCAGUUUUCACCACCCUCUGUAGAUCCACGUCCGAGUGCGGUGCAGCUGCCGUAGCAGGCGAUGAUGCAGUCAGUCAUAAUGCUCUUGAUGCAGCUCCAAGGUCCGCCAGAGGGUGCUAUUAUUAUCCCGACGUCAAGUAAUAGUGCCCUCAGCGGACCUUGGGGCUACUCUCGAUGGUGCAUCACACACACACACACACACACACACACACACACACACACACACACACACACACACUUUC